AUGGCGGCCUUCCGUGACUUGGAGGAGUUGAGCCGGGGGCUGCUGAGCCUGCUGGGGGCCAACCGGGCCGAGGGGCAGCGGCGGCGGCUGCUGGGGCGCCACGAGCAGGUAGUGGAGCGGCUGCUGGAGACGCAGGACGAGGCCGGGCAGCGGCUGCAAGAGAUCCUGGACAUGGAGAAAGAAGUGGCCCAAAGCCUUCUGGACAACAACAAGCAGGCACACCAGGGGGGUACCGAGCUGCAGCAGCUGGAAGCCGAGCUGCAGAAGGCCAGCGAGGAGGACGCCCGGGUCAAGGCCAAACUCCUUCAGCUCACCAGGGAGCUGGAGGAGCUCAAGGAGAUCGAGGCUGAUCUCGAGAGACAGGAGAGGGAAGUUGACGAAGAUACGACAGUCAAAAUCCCUUCCGCCGUGUAUGUGGCUCAACUUUAUCACCAAAUUAGUAAAAUUGAGUGGGAUUACGAGUGUGAGCCAGGCGUGAUCAAAGGCAUCCAUCACGGCCCCAGCAUCGCCCAGCCCAUCCACCUGGACAGCACCCAGCUCUCCAGGAAAUUCAUCAGCGACCAUCUCUGGAGCCUGGUGGACACAGAGUGGUAGCCGGGAGCCUCACAGACCGUGUCUCGCACAUAGUGGAAUCUGUCAUGGUGGGAUCACUUUAA